AUGGAGUUCAACCUAGCGACAUAUUUUAACUCGUUUGAUAUAGAUAAUGACUAUGAAGUUGAUACAUCCGAAGUGGACUCAAAAGUUGGGUCAUUAAUUGAAUCAUUAGCCAAUAAUCCAGAAGCAAUCACUACAAAUGAAGAUACGCUAGAAGAAAUUAUAGAAUUAACUCAUGGUUUUAGAUCACUACCCUUUAAACAACAACAACAAUUAGCGUAUCUCAUUGUCUCAUCAGUUAAUACAGUAGCUCAACAAUAUACUCAACUACUAAAAGAAGAGGAUUUUCAUGAAUCAUUAGAUCAAGUCAAAGCUACAAUGGAAAGAUAUGGCUACUUAAUUUUUGUACUAUUGAAACAUUUGGGAAAAGAAGACUUUUCAGAAGUUGGAGUAGCGAAAAACAAAAAUCAUAUACCAAGAGAAUUAAAAGCCAAAUGGGAAUCAAAUUGUACAGAAGUUGAAAAUGGGUUAGUAGCAGUAAGAACUAUAUUAAAUUUAGAACUUGAAAAAAUAUUCGUUACAAUUCCUGAGAAAGAUGCAUAUAUUGAAUUAUUUUCAAGACCAAUAAUUAACCUUUUGGAAAGUCAUGAAAGAAUGAAAAUCGAAGGUAUAAAAAUUUUAAUGAUUGAAGUUUUAUGUAUUGCAGUUUCAAAACAUGGACAUGGUAAAACUAUAAAACAUUCAUUGGUUCAAUGUUUGGCCUUUUACGCACAUCUUCCACAAUACAUUGCUCAAUUUUUACAUAAACUUUCUGAUAAAUAUAACCAUACACAAUUAACUGAAGAAGUAUUGAGAGAAAUUGCUCAAACUCAUUUUAAUGCAAAUGAUACAAAUGGACCAAAAGCUUUUGCAGACUUUUUGGUAAAACUUUCAGAAUUAAGCCCAAUGUUAAUCUUGAAACAAAUGACGAGUAUAGCUCAAUUAUUAUCGAAUACAAGUCAACCAUUAAGAUGUUCUGUGAUUGAAUCAUGUGGUAAUGUUGUUGUUAGUAUAAUCAAGAGUAUACAAAGUUCCGAGGAAGAUGAAGAUGAAUCAAAUGAAAAUAAUAAUAGACAACUAGACAAAUUAUUAGAUUUAUUACAGGCCAGAUUUUUAGAUAGUAAUUCAUUUGUUAGGUGUAAAGCAUUCCAAGCAUUUGCAAAAGUAGCAGAAUUAAAAGUAAAAAUGAAUGAAAGAAGGAAAGAAAUUAUGCAAUUAGCUGUUAGAGCAUUAGAUGAUAAGAGCGGGUUUGCAAGAAGAAAUGCUAUAAAAUUAAUUGGGAAAUUAAUUGUUAACCAUCAAUUUCAAGGUCCUCAUGGUACUCAAUUAAAUUUGUCGUUUUGGAAAGAAAGACUUGAAGAAGCUAGUAAAGAAAUGUCGAAUUAUAUACCCACAACAGGACCUCCAGCAACUUUAAAUAAUGAUGACGAUGAUGAUAAGGCAGCUGCUGGUGAUGACAACAAAUCAGAUAUUUCAAUGCAAGAUGCUGAAGAAAAUAGCUCUGAUAGCGAAUCGGAAAAAGAUGAUGAAAUGCAUGAAAAUAAUCAAAAUAAUGAAGAUGACGUACGACAAGAACAAAAUGCAGGAAACAUUUCUCAAAACAUCACUGACAAUUUACCAGAUACCACAGGACUAGCAAGAAUCAGAUUAAAAUUUGAAUUUUAUAAAGAUGCAGUUGAUUUCAUUAAGUUAAUUCACAAAGGUGUUGAGUUGGUUUCAAAAUUAUUAUUUUCCAAAAAUAAACUUGAGUCUAUUGAUUCAAUGGAUUUUUUAGUAUUAUGUGAUGUUUAUGGAAUUGAAGAUUCUCAAGAUGGUAUUAGAAAAAUGUUACAUUUAGUUUGGAUAAAAGGUUCAUCAGAGGAAGGUACAUCAGUUGCCUCACAUUUAAUUCAUUGUUAUAUAACUUUAUUUUUAACUGCUCCAAAUGGUACAAAUCGUGAAAAAGCUACUCAUAUUGCUAAAAAUUUAAUUGCAUUAACUUAUGAUGCUUCUUUAGCUGAUUUGGCUUCAUUAGAAAAAUUACUUGGACUAAUGUAUGAAGGCAAAAGUAUUAAUAGUGAAGUCAUUAAUGUAUUAUGGCAAAUUUAUGGCGCUCAAGUUGAUGAUGAAUCAGUAGCUCAGGAGAAAAGAAGAGGAGCUAUUAAGGUAUUGGGUAUGAUAGCACUAGAAGAUCCUACGAUCAUGAAAAAGGGAUUGUCGUCAUUAUUGGAUAUUGGUUUGGGUAAUAUUGGUAAGGCUGAUUUUAUCUUAUGUCGAUAUACAUGUAUUGCAUUAAAAAGAAAUCCAGCAUUCACCAAAAAGGAUUCAGAAGAUCAAGCAGUGGAAGAAAUAAAUGCAUUUUCACGGUUAGUUGAUAUUCUCAAACUUUAUAGCACGGAUACAGAAUGGUUUUCUGUUGCUGAACAAGCUAUAAAUGCGAUUUUUAAAAUUUCAUCAGAUCCAGUUGUUGUUUGCUCCGAUAUUAUACGUGAUAAAUCGAAAGAUGUCUUUUCAAAUAAUCCAGAUCAAUUGAGAAGUUUCGCAUUGUCUCAAUUAUUAUUUCUUGUUGGUCAUGUCGCUAUAAAAAGCAUAGUUUAUCUUGAAAGCCUCGAAGCUCAAUUUAAAAAGAAAAAAAUAGCAGCAGAAACUAAUGAGAAUAAUCAAGAUGAUGAAGAAAAUGCUGAUAAUGAAUUAGAAAUGAUUGGAGGUACUUCAGAAGAUGAUUUUGCAGAUGCUGUUAUUCACGUUAAAGAAAGGGAAAUUUUAUAUGGUGAAAAAUCAAUUUUAAAAGGAUAUGGUCAAAUAGUACAAAAGAUAUGUGCAAAUCCAAAACAAUAUAAAAACUCACUAGUACAAAGACAUGCAGUGUUGUGUUUAGUAAAAUUGAUGUGUGUUUCAUCAAUAUACUGUGAAGAAAAUUUACCAUUGCUUUUAAAAAUUAUGGAAAGUUCAAAAGAUCCAAUAGUUAGAUGUAAUUGUGUUUUGGGAUUAGGUGAUUUGGCAGUUAGUUUCAACAGACUAAUUGAUGAAAAUACUGAUUACAUAUAUCGUCGUUUAAACGAUGAAGAUCUAACGGUGCAAAGAACAUGUUUAAUGACAGUUACAUUUUUAAUCUUGGCUGGUCAAGUAAAAGUUAAAGGUCAAUUAUCAUCAAUGGCCAAAUGUUUAGAAAAUUCAGAUCAAAGCAUUAGUGACAUGUGUAAGUUAUUCUUUGCAGAAUUAGCCACUAAGGAUAACGCAAUAUAUAACGGUUUCAUUGAUAUUUUCAGUGGAUUAUCAUUUGAUCCUACUUUGGAAUCAGAAGAAUUUAAACGUAUCAUGAAAUUCUUAGUUGGGUUCAUUGAAAAAGAACGUCAUCAAAAACAAUUGAGUGAAAAAUUAAUGGCAAGAUUACCUAAAGUUAAAGAUGAAAAAGAAUGGAAUGAUGUUGCUUUUGUAUUGGAAACUAUUCCCUAUACUAAUGAUGUUAUUGCAGAAACUUUGAAAGAAGGUUAUCAAGUUGUACAAGCUAGAAACUAG